CCAAGAAGGCCUUUCGCUGUUCAGUUUCUCGGUAUCCCUCCACGUUCAAUAGCUAUGCUGAAAAAGCGUGAGAACGAGUCGGAGCCAGGGAGUGAACUUUUCGCCAAAGACUUUUUUCUGUCAAUCCUCUGUUGUCCCCUUAAUCACAGGCAGCCAUAGAGUGUCGCGCCGGUGACGUCGCGGUGGUGUUUCCGCCAUCUUGGUUGUGGACAGAGAGGCGGCAACUUCGGAAGAGCAGAGGGGUGCGACCGGAUCGAUGCUGAGGCUCGGCGGACGUGGGCUCUUGCUGGGCCUGGCCGCAGCGGCGGCGGCGGUCAUGGCAGCACGGCUCAUGGGCUGGUGGAGUCCCCGCGCUGGCCUUCGCCUUUUCAUCUCCGAGGAGCUGGCCCGCUACCGCGGCGGCCCUGGGGACCCGGGCCUGUACUUGGCGUUGCUCGGCCGCGUCUACGAUGUGUCCUCUGGCCGGAGGCACUACGAGCCUGGGGCCCACUAUAGCGGCUUCGCAGGCCGAGACGCAUCCAGAGCGUUUGUGACCGGCGACUACUCUGAAGCAGGCCUUGUGGAUGAUGUAUCUGACUUGUCAUUUUCUGAGAUGCUGACACUUCAGAAUUGGCUUUCAUUCUAUGAGAAGAAUUAUGAAUUUGUUGGAAGGGUGAUAGGAAGGUUCUACGGAGAGGAUGGGCUGCCUACCCCAGAACUGACCCACGUAGAGGCCAUGAUCACCAAAGGCUUGGAGGCCAGUAAACAGGAACUGAAAGAGAAGCAGAAGUUUCCACCGUGCAAUGCCGAGUGGAGAUCAACCAGGGGCAGCCGGUUCUGGUGUUCCCCAAACAGUGGAGGUGUGAGCAGAGACUGGAUUGGCGUCCCCAGGAAGCUGUAUAGGCCAGGUGCCAAGGAACCCCGCUGCGUGUGUGUGAGAACAACUGGCCCCCCUAGUGACCAGACAAUGGACAACCCUACACACAGAAAUCGUGGGGACUUGGACCACCCCAACUUGGGAGAAUACACAGGCUGCCCACCCCUAGCCAUCACAUGCUCCUUCCCACUCUAAGCUGAUGCCCUA